CACGCGUGUGGAGGAGGUGCGGUGACAGAUCUGUAAUCCUUCCUCGAAACCGGCAGAAACUGUGCUUUAAUUCUCUCUCGGUACCAUGUCGUGGUUGUUCGGACUGAACCGGGGCCAGCCCGAACCUCCCCCCGGUCUACCGGCCCAGCCACCGCCUCCUCCUCCGCCGACUGGAGGCUCCGGCGGCGGUGGAGAUAAACCCAAGGACAAAUGGAGCAACUUCGAUCCCACCGGGCUGGAGCGGGCUGCCCAGGCGGCCAAGGAGCUCGACAAGUCCCGUCAUGCCAAAGAAGCGCUGGAUUUGGCUCGGAUGCAGGAGCAGAGCACUCAGAUGGAGCACCAGAGUAAAAUGAAGGAGUAUGAAGCAGCAGUCGAGCAGCUCAAAGGUGACCAGAUACGCAUCCAGGCAGAGGAGAGGAGGAAGACUCUGAAUGAAGAGACGAAGCAGCAUCAGGCGCGAGCUCAGUACCAGGAUAAGCUGGCUAGGCAGCGAUACGAGGAGCAGCUGAGGCAACAGCAAAUCCUGAAUGAGGAAAACCUUCGCAAGCAGGAGGAAUCUGUGCAGAAACAGGAAGCCAUGAGGAAAGCAACAAUCGAGCACGAGAUGGAGCUGAGACACAAGAACGAGCUCAUGCGCAUAGAGGCGGAGGCGAAAGCCCGAGCGCGCGUGGAGAGGGAGAACGCAGACAUAAUCCGAGAGCAGAUCCGACUGAAGGCGGCCGAGCACCGGCAGACCGUCCUGGAGUCCAUAAAAACUGCUGGCGCCGUGUUUGGAGAAGGAUUCAGGGCCUUUGUGUCUGACUGGGACAAAGUUACUGCAACGGUGGCAGGCCUGACCCUGUUAGCUGUAGGAGUGUAUUCAGCGCGUAAUGCAACAGCAGUAGCAGGACGCUACAUUGAGGCCAGGCUUGGAAAACCGUCUCUGGUGCGUGAGACGUCCCGGUUCACCGUGGGAGAGGCCAUCAAGCAUCCAGUCAAGACAGCAAAGCGCCUGAAAAGCAAACCUCAGGAUGCGCUUGAGGGAGUUGUGCUCAACCCUACCUUGGAGGAACGUGUGCGUGACGUCGCCAUCGCAACGAGAAACACGAGGCAGAACAAUGGCCUCUACAGGAACAUCCUCAUGUACGGCCCUCCUGGCACGGGGAAAACCCUGUUUGCUAAGAAGCUGGCAAUGCAUUCUGGGAUGGACUACGCUAUCAUGACCGGUGGUGAUGUAGCACCCAUGGGUCGGGACGGUGUGACCGCUAUGCAUAAAGUUUUCGACUGGGCCAACACAAGCAGACGGGGGCUGCUGCUUUUUGUGGAUGAAGCUGAUGCUUUCCUUCGCAAAAGAGCCACUGAGAAGAUCAGUGAAGACCUCAGGGCCACUUUGAAUGCCUUCCUAUAUCGCACUGGAGAACAGAGCAACAAGUUCAUGUUGGUGUUGGCCAGUAACCAACCCGAGCAGUUCGACUGGGCCAUCAACGACCGAAUAGAUGAGAUAGUGAAUUUCGCUCUGCCGGGUCUGGAGGAAAGGGAGCGACUGGUGCGAUUGUACUUUGACAAAUACGUACUGGAGCCGGCCACUGGAGGGCGACAGAGGCUGAAGCUCGCCCAGUUUGAUUAUGGCAAAAAGUGUUCAGAGAUCGCCAAGAGGACAGAGGGCAUGUCAGGAAGAGAGAUCUCCAAGCUGGGUGUGGCCUGGCAGGCUGCAGCGUACUCCUCUGAGGACGGCGUCUUGACGGAAGCCAUGAUCGACGCUCGGGUGGACGACGCCAUCAAGCAGCACCAUCAGAAGAUGGACUGGCUCCGUGCCGAGGAGGAGGCAGCGAAGAGCCUCACGCCUCCGCCUGCUGGGGCCGGAGCUGCCAUAGGGAAGAUGGGUUUCACUCUCCCUCUGAAGGAGACGCCUCACGCUCAGGAGGUCAUCGCUCCAGUCUUUGAAAUAAACACACAACCGGAAUCAGCAGAGGCCAAACGUGGGAACUCAGAUGCUGCAGAAACAGAGUCUAAAAAAACAGAGGAUGGUUUAACCGAACCAGGAAAAGAGGAGAAGACCGGCUCCUCUCCUCCUAAAGAUGGAACCCCAGUCUGAGUUAUAACAGGACUGUCUGGAUUAGAAAGAUGAGCGCUCUGGUCUGAGACUUCCUGUGAUAGAUGGUCGAACUGAGACAAGAUUAGUUUACGGUUGGGAGAGAUAAUUAAGUCUUCGUAACACAACUGAUGCCUGAAUCUUUAAUUUUCAUAUGAAAUGUAUACAGUGUAAACAAGCAGUUUAUGUAGAAACAAAACCAUGUGUUUGUCAUUAUACUAUUAUGAAUGUUGUCCACAGUUUCUCUGUAAGAAUGAUUAAAACCUUUUUCU